AUGUCCCUGGGGGGCAGCCGGUGGUCCGUUCGCCUGCUGGUGAUCACCUGUGUGAUGGCCGGGCCGUCCCUGAGUCAGGAGUGUUCCGCGGAGAAAAUGGAGAAUUCCAUCAUCGAUAUAGACUUGUCCCUGCCCCGAGGCGUCCGGGGCGCGGAGCCGCUUCGCGUCCCCAGCGCGGGGGCUUGUGCCCGCGCCUGCUGCUCCGGGGACGGGCUCGCAGGUAACCUCGGCCGCCUUCUCCGCCAGCGCCUGCCAGCGCCUGGGAAAUUACUUCUGGGGUUUGGGCUCGCGUGGUGCUCAGCCGCUGUUCUCCGUAUUCAGCGUAGGAACGUCAAUUUAUCCUUUCUUUCGGGUUUCGAUAGUACCCGCUUGCGGCUGCUACCCUCUUUAGCCAAGCGUGAUGUUGGAUCUCAACGAGACAAGAAAUGUAAUUUGAUGAUUUUUUAUGCUGGAAGAACAAAAGCACAUCCAAACUGCUACCUCUUUUACUGCCCUACCACAGAGGCUUGUCUGAUGAAACCUGCAACAGGACUUGUGAGCUACAAGAUAACUACAGACACCCAGGCCCCAGAGGAUAAAUCUAUCAAAACUGAGAACUUUUCUUCAAAUGAGUAUUCUUUGUCUUCGGAUGCAGGAACGAUUUUUUCUCACACUCAGAAUAGCCAUCAGAAUCAUACUGCCACUUGGCAACAAUCUGUAUUUCAUCAGGCAUCUGAACCCGUGAACCACAUAGGCAAGCAUUUAGACAACAUUGAAUUUCAUACAGAUUUUCCUGAAUCUCAAAGGGCAAAACAGUCUGAGAACUUAGAUUCCAUCCCAAGGCAGAAAGUAAUUAAUCUGCCACCAAACAUGUUUUCUGCUGUUCACACUGGAAACCCCACUGCUUCAUUCCCCACCACUCAGCCUAGUGCUCCUGAAACCAGCAGUACUACUCUUACUCCUCUGCCUGCAAGUACGGCCCGGUUGGAAUUUCGUACAACCUCUCUGCAUCCUGGUGCUGCUGAACCUACAAUCACCACCACCACAGCUCCCUCUCCGCCUACCACAGCCGCUGGAGCUAAACCUGGUGUCCCUGGCACCAGCAUCGCUGCUACUCGUGUUCCUCUUUCCAGUCCCACAACUUCUACAACCACAAAUUCCAGAUCUACUACUGCUCCAUCAGGGCUAAGGACUCCAACCACAUCUCCUGAGCCAGCAGCUGUCUCUUCCAAUGAUACUAGCCAUGUAACCCUCUCCUCUUUUUCAGGUUUCAUUCUCUCUACUAGUGAUUCCCCCAUAUCUUCCCAAAAUGACCUUCAGGGUUAUGACCCAUCUGACUCAGAAAGCUACCUGUCAGAGGGUGUUCUGAGAGGGAAAAGUGUUGUUCAGCUGGGGGAGAAAAGCAGCCUUCUAGCAGCUUUGCUUUUUGGGGUGAUGUUCUUGUUGCUGGUUAUUGCACUGACAGGGAAGAAAAUACAUGAAUCUCUUCAGAAGAGGCAUUAUACCAGGCUGGAUUACUUGAUCAAUGGAAUGUAUUCUGAUGUCUGAUGGGGAGAGGGAAUAAAAUUUUGAGGAGCAUGUAACUUUUGAGAGGGCAACUCUGAAAUGGAACAGUAGAUACUGAAAUCUCAGAAAAGGAUGGAUUCCCUUUCUCUCCUCUAAUGGCAAAGCAGAAGGCAGGAUAUGGUUUUGGUGGGGAAAAGAAAUGCUCUUUCUACACUGAACUAUAAUGUCUAUCAUUUUUGAUUUAUGCUAAAUCCUGAGAAUAAACACUCAAAUCCAAGUUAAGCUAAGAAGGUCUUAUAUUUAAGGAGAAAAAGCAUUUCAUGAGCUUAAUCUGUACUGUGACAAGAUUAGUGAAAUAGAAGUACACCUAAUAAAUUGAGUACCUGUGCAACA